AUGAUCACCACUUUCAAGCUCACGAAGCGAGACGGCCUCACUCGCAGAAUUACAUUUCCCUCUUGGCCGGACUGGCAAACGCUAGCCCAGAAGAUUGAAUCCCUCUACAACAUCCCCUUCGACAACAUUGGCGUAUCGUAUGUCGACAAUGACGGCGACGAGGUCACCCUGAGCUCCCAAGAGGAGCUCGAGGAUUACCGUUUCACCACCUAUGAACCGGGUAAACUGGCCAAGUUCACCGUGCAGGACAUCAGCGCGCAGCUUAUGGAAGAGAAAUCCCUUCCAGAGACCCCACGAGCCUCAGCUGCCAGGAACACCUUUGGUGCGGACGGGCUCGUGUAUACAGUUGGGAUUGAGGACGACUGGCAGCCGCUUGGCCCGAAUAUCUUCAUUCCUAAAGGCCCUCUGAUGUCCGGUUCCACCACACCACACGCGUACGUUGAAACUGUGGACGACAGUGAGCCGGCCGUUCCAGCUCCACCUAGUCAACAUAAAGCCUCCAGCGCAAGCUCCUCGGUCAGUUCAAGCCAGUUCGGCACCGUCAAGUCCAGUGCAGACAAGGGCAAGAGCAGAGCAGACUCCCAGCCACCAGUGCCACCGAGAUCAGAGGCACUCGGAAGCGAUAGCGACGGAAUGUCUUCCACCGUUUCGUUGCUUGCUGAAGACUCCCCGACUAAACAGCCCGUUCACGUUUACAACAGGGGGGGCUCUGCUUCCAACAAGUCCGGAUUCCAUGUACCGUCCAGCAGCUCUCGGGCUUCCACUUCUCGUGGAGACGUGACUCCGGUCCAGGCAGAGAGUACACCGAAAGUCCUUGCGCAGUCGCUCAACCUGGAACACAGACGCACACCAGAUGCCACGCCGCCAACAGACCCUGCUCCUGAUCCUCCCCUUCCAUCUAUCGAAUCCCCAUCCCUAUCAAAUGAUGUUGCAUUGCUGCUCAACAACUUGACGUCUGCGUUCUCGUCGCACCCGGAACUCGCUGAGAGCCUUCGUCAAAUCGUUCAGAAUGCAUCCAAUGGUGCGUAUUGGGUUGCUCACCGCGAGGCGAUCACCAACGCAGCCCAAGAACUCGUACGUUCGGCUGAAGCAACGGGUCGAGCUGCUGAAGAAGAAGCAGGUCGACGCGUAGCAGAAGCUGUUGGUGGUAUCGUCAAGUCUCUGGCUGAUGCAACCUCGGGUAUCGCUCCUACCAACAGUGCCGAUGCGUCGAACACUACACCUUCUGCUCGUCCAGCACACCCGUUAGAGUCUGGUUACGCGCCAUGGCAGCGUUACAGGGGGGCACCCAGCUGGCAAGGGAGUUUACAGCCUUUCGGCUUCGCCUACUCUAGGCCGCGGUGGCCGGACAUGGGAAUGUUUGGCCCUCCUCCGCCCCACCAUGGCCAUGGUCAUGGUCGCCCCUUCCCUCCCCCGCCUCCUCCCUCGGGCCCCUUUGGCGAUCCUCACCCGCCCAUGUCCCCAGGAGGUGGUCCUCCUUACCCACCUCCGGGCUGGCCGCUCGGCGGGCCCCCUGGCCCAACACCUUGGGACGUGGCCCACGAUUUUGGUAUCCACGAUCGCGAAGACUCACGCGCGCAUGUCGAGGCUGCGAAGAGCCUGUACAAGGCCGAGAAAGAGCGCUACAGACAAGAACGCGAGGUCCGCCGUAAAGAGAAGGAACGUUUGGCUUCUCUAAAGCAUGGAAACACCGAGUCAAUACCACCGCUUUCUUUCUAUUACGAGUAUGCUAAUCGUCUCCACAGGCUUCCUGGUGCUAGCACUAACAAAGUCGAAGAGGAACCAAAGCCCGCUCCACCACCGCCCAAGCCUCAGACACCUCCCAUCGUUCAGACCGUCAGCAAUGCUCAUGGCGGGUUCCCCGAAUUUGAAAUGUACAACGUUCCGAAGAGGCACAACACACAUCUUGGACACAGUCAUCGCCGUGGAGCCUCCUCUGUAUCGCGACCCGGUCCAAGUGCUGAAAACACCAGAGAGCGAGCCCUCGCUCAUAUGACCAAAAGACUUGCUGAUAUGGGCUUCACUGAGAGCGCUUAUCCCUCCCUUCCAGCGAAGAUUCGAGCAAACAUGCCAGAAAUUGGUCCCGUUACUAAAGAAAAGGAAGAUGACAUCGUAACGACCCUCUUGGAAGACAUGCUCGCCAUGUCGCCCAAACCACCCAAGGGCCCCGGAUCGCCCUCGGGCUCGACUCCUGGUGGAUGGCGCUUUUGA